CCGAGCGAGCAGCCGACCUGACAUGAUGCUACCGUUCCUGCUACACUACUAGAUAUUAUCGACAGCAUCUCGUCAACCUUUCCAGUCCUCCCACAUGCGGGACCGGCGACCGCGGUCACAGCUACGGACACAGCAGUAACGACACUCAGCGUGAGACAGCUUUCAAGAUUUCGGGGUGGCGGACAACCGACAGUGGCAGCCCAGCUAUGGAUUCCAUGCGGCACCUUUCCACAUCACUCCCACAGACCUCUCGCCAACAAAAUGAUCGAACAGUAGAUCUACUGCCCGACUUUAAGCAAGCCGCUUUAUCCGUCACCAACUUAUACAAAGCCGCCGAUCAGGCUCAGCGACGAGCACGGACAGCUGGUUAUCAGGAUGCCUUGGAAGAUAUCUUGACGUUUUUGGACCGGGAGAAUUUGGGGUUGAUGGAUGGUGAAGGAUGGCGGGUACGGCAAUGGGCUACACAAAACCUCGACGGCACCAGCGCAGCUCGUUCAACGACCGACGACGAUGGUGACGAACGUGCAUCGAACAACAAGGACGAAGAGAAAGAGGAAGAGACUUGCUCCAGCCCGGAAGCAGCAAGACAAGCAAGUUCGGAAGACCAAGACUCGUUGCGACGAAGAGUGGUUUCUGAGCCGCCUCAAGUACAAACCAUAGAGAUCCAGCACAGUCCGCCCAGAGGGGAUUUCACAUUCGUUUCACAACACGCAUUUCCCAGCAACCACGAAAGGAACGCUUCUUCGCCAGGCAUGGAACUCGACACAACUUCUGGAUCGACUCCCAUCUUUGCUCAAUCAUCGAUACCUUCUGGCGCAGAUAUCGUACGGCAGGCCCCACGAUCAUCGCGGCCUAAUCGGCACACAAACCACAGCAAGAGGACAGACACACGACCUUCGACAUUAAACUUUAACCUCGGAAACGGCGCAGGUAGCAAGCGUAAACUACCAUACUCUGACUUCUUCGACAUCUCCGGAUUUGGCGAAGGCACAGAUCGCAAAGACGGAGCAAGUGGUGGCGCCGGCUCGGGCGGGAGUCCGCACUCGAGUAGAGGCGGCAAGCGCGGUCGUCACGUAUGA